AUGCGUUACGUUGUCUCCUACCUGCUGGCCGCCCUUGGGGACAAUACCUCCCCCAGCGCCAAGGACAUCAAGAAGAUCCUGGACAGCGUGGGCAUCGAGGCGGACGAUGACCAGCUCAACAAGGUCAUCAGUGAGCUAAACAGCAAGAACAUUGAGGACGUCAUUGCCCAGGGUAUCCGCAAGCUGGCCAGCAUGCCCGCUGGCAGGGCUGUGGCCAUCUCUGCUGCCCCAGGAGCUGCAGUUCUUGCUUCGGGUUCUGUCCCAGCCGCAGCAGAGGAGAAGGAGUCGGAGGAGUCAGAUGACGACAUGGGAUUUGGCUCGUUUGACUAG